AUGAUUCCGAAGAGAGUAGACUAUGUUGGAUUUACAAGUGACAAGAAUGAAAAUUGUCAAUUAAAAGAUAAGAUUGAUGGAGUUUACCAUUCGUCGAGAUGUUAUCAUGCACUUGGUUUCUACAAGUACGAAAUUGCAACUGAAAACGGCAAACAUUAUUUAAUGAAAAGAUCAUACAACACUGUUGACUGUCUUCCAGGAGACUUUGACAAUAGCGAUACGGAAAAGACGUUGUGUAAUGUCUGUGUCAAUGGAGUGUUAACUAUGUGUUAUGGCGUUGAUGGUGUUCCAGCUUAUGUGGAUUUCACAAAAGAGACUGCUGAUCAGAGCACUGAUAUAGAGCCAAGCAAAACCCCCGAAGAAAGCAAAACUCUAGAGCAAAGCAAAACUCCUGAAGAAAAUAAAAGUGAAGGAAGCACUACUACCUCAGAGAAUGGAGAUCAAAAUAAUAAUAACAAUGGAGAAGAUAACGCUUUCAAAACUCUUGUCUUAUUAGUCUUUAUCAUUGCUACUAUGUUUUAA